CUCUCGCCCACAUCCCUCAUUAACUCAUUCUCCCUCUCCCUCUUAAACACCCAUCCACGCACACGAUCGCGUCUCCUCACCGUUCAACAUUGACCGGCGCCAUGCCCCCCCUCACCGCUGGCUCCCCCUUCCGGCGCCCUCGCAGUCGCAGCCGCGGUCCCACAGCCCGUUCCCCCUCGCCGCCUCCGCUUCCUCCGAAGAAGUCAUACAUUGACCUCAACUCCUCGUCACGCUCCGCAGUGUGCGAGGCUGAUUGCAAGCCGCUUCGCGCUUUCCUGAGCGACGUGGUGGUAAUUGGGCCUGAGACCAACGAGACAACAGCCCUGCUGAGCCAGCUCGGCAAUGUAGUGGAGCGGCCUACCGCCAUCCCUCGCCCCAAACCUCAGGUCUCUACUAUCUCACCGUCUGCGGGGGAGUUGUGCGCAAGUAGAGCAGAGGAACUGGAGAAGCUCUUGAGAGGGCGCAUUGAGGAGCUCGUGCGCACCGAGCGCAGCUAUGUCUCCCGUAUCAAAGCCUUGAAAGUCGCUUAUGCCGACCCACUACGGCACUUCGCCAAGUCGUCCAACACUAGCAUUAUCCCCGUUUACGAAGCGAAGACUCUGUUCGGAAAUAUUGAUGCUGUCUUGCCCGCAGCAUUGACAUUUCUGUCAGAUCUCGAAAGCAUGUGGGACAGCGGAGACGCGGACAAGAACGUCGGAGAUGUCUGCCUCAAGCAUCUGAAGACGCUCAAAACACUCGACUGCUACAGGACGUACAUCGCCAAUCAGGACGAGGCACAGAAGACCUUUAACGAGAUGAAGAGAAAACACUCGAGAUUUGUGACCUUCAUUGAUAGCACGAAGUACCAGACUACGGGCAUCGGGAACAUCGGGCUCUUUGAGCUGCUGAUGGAGCCGGUGCAACGAAUUCCGCGCUACAUCCUCCUUUGGGAAGAAAUGGUCAAAUACAUGUCGGUUCUUUCCCCUCAACGGGCCAAGCUGUUGGAGGCUAAGGACGUCGCGUCCCGCAUUGCUCGAUGUGAACCCGAUGAGCGGACGGUGCGGGCGACAGUCAUGUACUCCUUGGAACGCAAUGUGGACGGCUUUCCCGCGAGCUUGUUCAGCAACAAUCGCGACUAUCUUGACUCGAUCGACGCUGAAGACGUGACGACCGACGGUGUGAUAUUCAACCCUCGCGCGAGCCGCCCCGUCUCCAUCAAAUCGGGCAAGUCGAGCACCGUGACCUCCCUGGGGUCAUUGGCGUCAAAUCACAGCUUUGCAUCGCCGCAGAAAGAGAUGGGCGCGCCUCCGCCGCUGCAUUGCACCUUGUUUCUGUUUGAUGACAAGCUAAUGAUUGCCAAGCGCCAGGCGACUGCCAUCAGCGGUCGUAAGGCAACGGGAGUCGAUGACAUCAAAGACCUCAUAAAGUCUGGGGGCGGCGUCGCAGUCAAAGAGAAGGAUGGCGCGCGGCGUGCUAAGCUCUGCUUCCGCGGCGUCGUAGACAUCCUAGACGUCCGAGUCGCGGACGUGGGCAAAGGUGAUUUCCAGCUGUUCUUCGAGCAGCCUCUCGCCGACCAGGGCGAUCGGUGGAACCUACCCCUUCGCUUCUUCCAGGUUUGCCAUCCCCCUGCACCCGUCGGUCUAGAUCUCCAAGCAGCUCGGACGGACAAGAUCCGCUUCGUGCAGAACAUUUGGGCGGCGCAGGCUCUGGCCCGUAGCAAGACGCUUCCUUCGCAGCCCAAGUCACUUCCAUACAUCCUUGCAAGCGAGGAAACAUACGAGGUAGAGGGGGAACGUGUCAAACCGUACUGGAACGUCUGGACAUUGCCGGGAUGGUCAGCUGAACAGCGCAAAGCCAAGGUUCUUAUCGAAGUUGUGGGCACAGACUGUGGCGACUUGCCUCUACCGGAACAGGAUGACUCCAUAUCUCUUGUUAUCCGUCUGGAGCCGCUGGCAGGUGAUCUCUGUCGCGUUUCCCACGCGCCAAAGAAGGGCCAAGCGGUGGUCCGCGAACUGAUCAGUUCCGGGGAUGUCAACAAGACUGUGGUUGAGAAAAUCUCCCAUGCGAUGGUCUAUGUGCUUCCAAGCAACAACCCAAAUCCGCUGAUGCAGACACCAACACUGAGCAAGAGAGCGUCGCGAUUUCUGCUGGGCACUGCAUCGACCAACUCCAGAGGCGGACACAGCGAUGGCUUCAGCUCAACAAGCACACACGGCCUCUCCCUUACCAGCCGGAGUUCGGGAAUGGACACCGGUACGCUCUCCGGCGUCGACACCAUUUCGUCCGCGGGACACAGCCUCACGCACGCAUCGCCGUCAUCUCCCCGCUCCCCCAUGUCACCCACUACGCCAUCCUCGCCACCCUGGUCUCCAGUCAGGUCCAGGGGUGCCCCACCCGCCAUGGAGGACUGCUCAGACGACCGGCUUGCAUCGCGCCUUGACGAGGCGCGCAACAAUUCCCGCUCGCUCGCAGCCAUGGCUUCCCCACGUCCCACGCCCCACUCGCCAACAGGUCCCUCGCGCGUUACCAUCAUGCGUCAGCAACUGGAAGCGCGUGAGCGUCAGGCGAAGGCCGCCGCCGAGGAGGACAGAGAGAAGACACGAUCUUCGCCUCUGAAGCCGGGUGUCACCCCCAGCAAGCGCGUCCCCGUACCAACUCUCGCUUCUUCGAUCACAGAAAGUAUCUCACGUGACUCAUCGCUCGGCUCGUUGCCUCAAUCACCGACCAAGUCUGGGCUCCCGCGGGCCGGCACAUUGAGCCGGUCUGGCACCGUUUCACCGAGGGGUCCGCGUCAGCCGCCUGGGCGGAGCGGAUACGUUGCCCCAUUCCCUCCACCUGUGCCCACUGCCGAGAAAUCCGUGUCUGCGCCCCCCGCUGCAAUUGAAACCCUGCUUGACGACGUGAAGGCCGAGAACGAGGCGGCCGAAGGUCCACCGCAUGCGCCCGAACGAACAUUGCUGCUUUCCGCCACUGGCCCGAUCGCCAGUGAGACUGCACCGGCGCGAAGGCCCCUUCCUAUCCCUCAAGGGCCAGCAGCUCCGCCUCCACCGGUUUCACGGCUCAUGGGCCUCGGCGCCGCUCCUAAGCUUAGAUCCAUUUCGAGCGGCCGCGGCUCGCUGACCCACGACGAGAACAUCCCCCCUGCAACUCAAAAGCGAGCACAUCCCGCUGAGCACCUAUCACCGCGCAAAAGGACGCCCAGCGACUCCGUAAUGUCACGCGCAGAGAGCGACAUGACCCCUACGCAGGGACAUACGCCCCGCUACCCCUCGUCGCUCGGGGCUUCCGGUUCGAGACAGAGUUCGAUUUGCUCCAGCAAACGCGUUCUGACGCCGCGUAGUGACCGGCGCGGCAGCGGAGUCCUCACCCCCAGCAAGAGAGUUUCGAGCGUUGCUUCCGUGGCUAGCGUUCAGAGCUCAGUUUCCACAGCCACUGUGGGGAGUGUGGACACUCUCAAGUCGGCUGCUGAGCAAUUAGAUGUGGUGAUGAGUGAUCACCCUGACCUCGCAUCGGCUGCCGAUGCGGCGUGGCAAACAAUCAGCGAUGCCAGGCGGCAGGCGCGAGCGGUGCGCAAGACGGCAGCUGCGCUAAGUAAGCCGCUCAAAGAUCGGCACCGCAGCCGCUUCGAGAGGCAGGCCAGUCUGGCGCGUUCCCCGCACAGUCGGAACAUCCACGCUGAGCUGAACUCACCCACCGAUGAGAUUGGCUUCAGCACUACAGUGCCUCUGACGGACCCAAUGGAAGACCAACUGAAGCUGCUCGCCUCCAAUACGCGAGCGGUCGAAGAACGCCUCGCUGUUGCCUUGGCUGACACGGAGCGAGUACGCAUGUUGGCGCGAAACGCACCGUCCCCUGAUCUGCUCUCCCAUCUCCAGGGACAAGUUGGCCGCGCCAAAGAGCGCGAGGAACUGCUCCGCUCCCAGCUCGAAGCCAAGGGGUUGGAGGUCGACGAGAUUUACAAUGCGUUCAACGCCGAGCUUGACGGGAUGUACAACGACAUAUCGUUGUCCACUCCGGACGAAGUGCAAGCAGCGCUGCGCAAGGAUCUUCAAGCAGCAAAGUGGAGGCGCAAUGAGCUCGCGCUUGACAACCAGCGGCUGCGCGAUGAGUUGGCCAAGGAACGCCUGCGGCGGGAACAAAUGGCUGCUCUGCUCCGCUCGGCUGGAGGGCCAACUGCUAGUGUCGUGCAGGAGGAUGCUACGCUGGAGGCCUAGGAGAGCUAGGUGCAGAGCAUACCCUCAGACACGCAGGAACGAGUUGUAACAUUAGCUUUUUGAAGAGCAAACUUGUACAUGCUUAUCGGUUGCAAUAGUGCACAUCAUUUCCGAAUAAUUGCAUCUCGUUGCAAUGCUCAUUAUGCUAGCU